CCCGCGGCCUCCUAGGAGCAGUCCGUACCGGUAGUUGGGCGAACGUGUAGGGGCCUGUGGGCCUAGGACGGAAAAAAAAAGAGACGGAUCUUGGUGUGUGCUCUGUUCAGUUCUGGCUGGUGCAGGAACUUCUUCAGCAUGAAGGACUGUGUUUCUUGCCGUUGCUGGAUUCUUGGGAUCAUCUGAAGUAAUCUGACCCUCAUCCACUUCAACUUUUUGACGAAGCAUAUCAGUUCUUCAGAAGUUUUCUCCAUAUUGCACAUAUUGAACUUUUGUCAGUUAAGAAGCUACGUACCAGAAAUCUAAGUUUGGCAACUGACUUAAGAUGGAGGAGGAGGAGGAUCUAAGCGAAAGAGGAUUGCCACGAAUUGCUUCCAUCAUGAGUAGAGUUAGAGACUUGAAAAACAAAUACAAAAAUGAAGACAAUAUCACAGAUGAACUGAACUGUACUAAAAUAUCAGCUGAUACAACAGAUAACUCUGGAACUGUGAAUCGAAUAAUGAUGACAAAUAAUCCAGAAGAUUGGCUGUGUUUUUUGCUUCGGCUGGAGAAAAAGGGUAGUCCUCAGAUGGACCUUAGUGUACUGAACAGACUCAUUGGGCGCUACAGUCAAGCAGUAACUGCAUUACCUGCAGAAAAGCAUAGCGAGGAUGAGAACUAUGCCCGCAUCCUUGUGAGAUUUGCAGAGCUGAAAGCUCUUCAAGAUCCGGAGGAGGCACGAGACCAAUUUCAUCUGGCCAGACUGAACUGCAAGAAAUUUGCUUUUGUGCAUGUGGCUUUUGCACAGUUUGAACUAUCACAAGGAAAUGUGAAGAAGUGUAAACAGCUCCUUCAGAAAGCUGUGGAGUGCUCUGCUGUUCCACUGGAAAUGUUAGAAACUGCUCUACAAAACUUUAAUUCACAAAAAAAGCAGUUGCUUUCAGAUGAGGAAAAGGAGAACUUUGCAGUAUCAAGUAUACAAGAGUCUGGACUUCAGAGCAUAGUUGGAAAUCAGAGAAAUAUAAAAAGGAAUGAUUCUACUGAAAAUUCUUCUGCUGUUGCUAAACUUCUUCUUGGGGAAGAGAAAUCGCAAGAACUUGAUCCUAUGGUGAACUUCCACAAUCCAUUAAGACCACUAAACAAAUCUAGCCAGGCCUGCCCUUUUGGGAGGAUUCCUGUUAAACUAGUAAAUGAUUUUGAUGAUGUGGUGCAGAAGAUGGAUGUCCCUCUUACAGCUGGUGUUAUGAAAAGGCAAACAUCUAGCUCCAAAUGUACAGCCUUGAUUCCACCUUUUCCGCUCUCUGAACCAAAACCUAGUGAGAAUGAUUCAUGUGACCUGGCAAACUCAAAGUUAUUACAAGAAAAAAAUUCUGUGCAGCUACAGAUGUUGGAUGAGAACAGCUUAGACAUGGCUACCAAUUCAACUGUCACUCUGAAAAACAAAAUAGAUACAAGUCUUGUGAUGAAAAGAGAAGAAAAUAAACUCCAGUAUCAAGAGCUGAAGAUACCAGAGCCAAGGAGCAUGGAAAGUCAGCAGCAGCAAUCCAGUUCUGCUGAAAGCUAUAGAAAGCAAUUUGAUCAGAUAAAACUGAACUGUGUUAACUCCAGAAAAAAAUGGCCAAGUCAAGAAGCGAUGCAGCAAAACUGCUAUAGAGAGGGAAAGCGGUCAAGUCUUGAGCAAUCUGGUCAUCCCAUUUCAAGAAGGCUAUCACCACCAGAUGUCUCAAAGAAAAAUGAGCUAUUGUAUGUUUGUGGAACACCAAGCUCUACAUGUGCUGAUUAUAUGGAGUGUUUCAGAACACCAAUUGUAAGGAACAACUUUUCACCAGGAUAUCAAAUUUCUACUCCUUACAAUCAGCUCCCAUAUUUUCUACCACAUACUCCAGCAACUACGUUUCAAAAUCAAAUGGGCUUGCAGGUUUCAGCUUCUAUACCUUCAAAUGAAUGCAUUGCUAUUAAAGGAAGAGUUUAUACAAUAUUAAAGCAAAUAGGUAGUGGAGGCUCAAGCAAGGUGUUUCAAGUACUGAAUGAAAAGAAGCAGCUGUAUGCAGUCAAGUAUGUGAAUCUAGAAGAAGCUGAUCAGCAGACUGUUGAAAGCUAUAAGAAUGAAAUUGCUCAUUUGAGUAAACUGCAAGAGCAUAGUGAUAAGAUAAUCCGUCUCUAUAGCUAUGAAAUUACUGAUCAGCAUAUCUACAUGGUAAUGGAGUGUGGAAACAUUGAUCUCAAUAGCUGGCUGAAAAAGAAAAAGAAUAUUGAUCCAUUGGAACGGAAGAGCUAUUGGAAAAAUAUGUUGGAAGCUGUUCACACGAUCCACGAACACGGCAUUGUUCACAGUGAUCUUAAACCAGCAAACUUUCUGAUAGUUGACGGAAUGUUAAAACUGAUUGACUUUGGCAUUGCAAACCAAAUGCAGCCAGAUGUGACAAGCAUCGUUAAAGAUUCACAGGUUGGCACAAUGAAUUAUAUGCCACCUGAAGCAAUACAAGAUAUGUCUUCUUCCUAUGGAGAAAACGGGAAAUCGCAAUCUAAGAUAAGUCCAAAAAGUGAUGUGUGGUCAUUGGGAUGCAUUUUAUAUUGUAUGACAUAUGGAAGGACUCCAUUUCAACAUAUAACAAAUACACGUAAAAAACUGUAUGCUAUUGUUGAUCCUCAUUAUGAAAUAGAAUUCCCAGAUAUUGCUGAGAAAGAUCUUCAAGAUGUGCUAAAGCGCUGUUUAGUAAGAAAUCCUAAACAAAGAAUAUCCGUUUCAGAGUUGUUGAUACAUCCCUAUGUUCAAAUUCAAACCCAAUGUCAAACAGGUGUUGCAAAUGCAAAAGGAGCAACAGAGGAAGUAAAGCGUAUCCUUGGCCAACUUGUUGGCUUAAAUUCUCCCAACUCUAUUUCCAGAGCUGCUAGGACUUUAUAUGAACAAUGCAACAGUGGUAAAAGUCUCGACGUAUCGGCAUUUGCCAAAUCUGGGAGUCAAAAAUCAUGGACAGCAAAGUGAUGUACUGCUAUUCAGGGUGCAACAUAACUGGUCUGUUCAAAAGAGUAUUUAGUGCUGCUAGCUUUUAAGAGGACACUCAGCAUAAAGUUCACACUUUAAAAACUAAAUGUAAAAAAUAUAUAUCUAUGUACAGUAAAUCUUGACUUGCCACUUGGAUUGAACAAUGAAAAUAGAUAGGAUAGUUUGUUACUAUAGUCUUUGUUUUCUAACAAUGCUGUACAGUUUUUGAAUUACAAAAACUUGUACAAGACUUCUCAAGAUCCUUUAUCACUCAAACUAAAUUUAAAAAAAAAAGACUUUCUAAAACCCAAUCGUAAAAUUGGCUAUGUAAAACUUGCAAAUCUCUUGAAAUGUUCUACAAUGUGAGUAUAGUAUUGUGCUGUUCUGUUCUUUGCUGCCAAGUAAAAGAAAUGCCUCUUGUGUCCAGGCUUAUCCAAAACUAGGGGAAAAAAGCACUCUGCUUCUAUAAGCAAUUAGUUACAGUUCUGGUAGAUACAUGUAAAUACCAUCCAGUUCUUGAGCUGUUCUUUUGCUGAUUGAUUAAUGGCAUAGUGGAAGCAUUACUCUCAAAGUGUAAUAGAAAUAAAAUGGCUUAUGUUCUAUUAAAAAAAUAAAACUGCUUUGCAAAUCCAGUAUGCUUUACAAACUUCAAAAUAGAAAAAUUGUCAAGAUUAAUGAUGCUCAGAAACCACUUAAUUUGGAUUUUUAAGAGCACUAAUACUAAGCAGUGUAAAUAAAGUGUACUGAAUGUAGCUACACUGGUUUUAUACGUGAUUAUUAGUAGAUAGAUCAGAUUUUUGUUGUCACUGAGGUAUAUUUCUGGUGCAAGAGUGAAUUUUAAAUUACUUAAUUGGAAGACAUUUAAAUAUUUAAAAGUUUCAGAUUAGGAGGGGAAAAAAUAACCUUCAAGACACCUGCCAUAUUUUCCUUUGAAAACAUGAAGUUUGUUUGUUUGUAGAAUCUCUAUCUUGAGCAAAUAUUUUUAAGUUUGUGGCUUUUGCCUUUUCUUUCAUAAGUUAUGCAUAUCAAGAUCCUAGGUUCAUUGCUAAGUGGUUCUUUCCUUGUUAAUUUUCAUGUGUUGAGUGUUGCGUCCUUUGAACAGUGACGGAAAAAGAGGAAACAUAGUAUUAGAGAAGCUUUCCUUGAUUAUUUCUACAUGUUAAUUACAGAAUUCAUGUUUACUUCCCUUCAGAUGAGUAUUAAAAUAUUUGAACAUCUUUAAGGUA